UUUUUAAAACUAAACCUUUUUAGCUGAACUCAAAAAAUGGUUGCCAUUAAUAACUCCACUGAGAUUCGCUGCCAGGAAAAAUCACGCGGUGGCUUGAGUUAUGAGGUAAUUCUGGCUGAGCCAGCACCCAAUGUAACCAUACCCAAGAAGCCAGUAACACCUGGCAAAAAUGUCUCAGCCGAAGAAAUUGAGCAGAAAUUGAAGGCCGCCGAAGAAAGACGUAUUUCUUUGGAACAAAAGAAAAUGGCCGAUUUAACUUAUAAGCUGGCCAAAAUCGAAGAAGCCACACGCAAAAAGGAUGAAAUCACCAAUGAAUUCAUCAAUCAGACCAAGGAACAAUUGGAAUCGAAAAUGGAGCAACAUGUUGAAAAGCGCGAGGCCAUUAUUAGUGAUUUGAAAGAGAAAUUGAAGAUUCACUCUCAAGAAAUUGAAAAAACUCGAGAACAAUUGGAACAACAGAAAUACAUUGAGAAAAUUGCCAUUGAAGAGAAACUUAAGACCGCUCAAACUUUGCGCGAUGAAAAUAUCAAGAAAAUGUUGGAACGCCUAAAGGAACAUAACACUGUCAAAAUUGCCGAAAUCAAAAAUCAAAUUGAUCAAUUGGAAUCACAAAAAAUCGAGGAGAAGGCCCGCAUUAUUGAAAAUAAAUUAUAUACCGCUGAACAAAAUCGUGAAAAGGAGAUACAAAAGAAAAUUGAAAAAGUUCAUAAGCUCGAACGCCGGGCUGAAUUGGUACGUCAAAAUAAGGCAGCCGCCCAGCAGCCAUUGUGCGAAGAUAAUGCAGCACCCAUUGCCUCAUCUGGCUAGAAGACUAGACCCGCAGAG